AUUUUUUUGAAUAUGGUCGUUGGAUGAUUUUUUCAAAGGCCCGAGAUUCAUCGCUCGCUUCGCUUAUCUUGUACUCAAACUCAUAUGGUUCAAGCGAAGAUCGAAUUUGUAGCGCAAAAACAGACGAGCAAUUACUGGAGGCACGGAAACGCGACGAAAUCGAGCGGGAAGAAAGAAGGUACACUUUUGAAACCCCGUUCAUCGCUGCGACAACCUUCACUGGAGAAAAGCCAGGAUACUGCUUCAAACUCGGGGUCAAGGGCCUUGGAUACUACGAAGACAUAGGUUUGGAAAUGAAGAAGAAAAGAACUGCAGCAAGUGCAGCAUCCACGUCUGUGCCCGAUAGCGCGAGAACCGCGAAUGGAAACGGCCGUGCUUGUGCUUCAUCUGAAGACAGAAAGCGGUAGAAGAUGGUCGGACCCUGCACUUCCGCGACAGCUUCGCCUGGCUUUUCCUGUGGCUUUGAAUUUGGGAAUGGAAGCGAGGACGCGUCAUGCUCUACUUCUUCACAAUCAUGACCAAUAUUGCCACAUACACAUAUGAUGUGUCGCCCACACAGAGUCUAGCUUUCGUCUAGUUGUACAGAGUGAUAGACUGCUAGGGACACGAAUCAAAAAUGAAUGAAUAGAUACUAUGUUCUAACGUCCUCUCGUAAAAGCAGAACAACGUUGACCAUGAUGAGUAUUGAAGACUGGAUUUGAAACGUUUGCCCAUCACGAAAAAAUUCAAUCGAAUAAUUGAGAUCAUAGUACCCGCCCACAUAGACCCCAGAAACGAGACGCGGUGUCUCCAAACACCGCCCAUGAGCCCUGUAGUUCACAAAAG